AUGGCAUCCGCAGAGGUUGGCGACACGAUGCAAGUGGUGUGGGUGGACAUGGCGACGAAGCGGGGCGGGGGCACUGUCGAGAUUUCACUGUCGGACGUGCGUCACUUGGACAAUAUGACUGUGUAUGACCUCAAGCAAGUACUGGCGACGAAAUUGCGCCUGAGCGCGUCGACCCAAGUCGAUUUGAAGCUAUAUGGCCACAGCCUUCCAUCCGGUCGCGCCUCGGCCUAUCUCCCAUUCCUCCGCGUGAACGCUCCCCGGUUUGUGCUUGCCUUUACGAAGCGCGCGGCGACGAUGCCGCUCUUUGUCAAGACGAUUUCGGGCCGCACCGUUUGUUUGCACGUGUACGCGCACGAAACUAUCGGCCAAGUGAAGGCGAUGCUCGAGGACAAGGAUGCGAUUCCCGUGGCCAGUCGACGUCUUGUGUAUGGAGGGGUGGAGCUGGCCGACUGGCACACGGUCUCCCGCUACAACAUUCAACCGAACGCGACCCUCCACGGCCUCGCCCGACUCGUGGGGGGUAGCGCUAUGCACGGUGGGCCCGCCGCGCAACCCACCACUCGCAGUGGUGGGACCGUCAAGUUUGCCGACGUCGGAAACCCCGACAUGAUGGAAGUGGUGUCGUUCUCGUCCGCUGCUCCGGCAUGGCGCUGCGUUGGGCAUGGGCUCAACCUCAUGGCCACGUGCGUGAAUUGCACAUGUGACGCCUUUGGCAGCACGGUGUACAUUCCCCAGGGCUUUCGACCGUUCAACAUAUUGGAGCACCGGUCGCGGUGCCCCGCGUGCGACGAGUGUGUGUCGCCGAUGUCGUGCGGCUUUUACAAAUGCCUGUGGCGCUUUGAAGGGACCAAGGCGGGGAUGCACAUGAGCAGUGGAUGGAAUGCGGCCGAGGGCAACGUGUUUCACCAAUACAAGUCGGAGGGCAGCUCGAUGGUGGCAUGGGAGUCGCUCGUUGUGGUUGCUCGCGCCCUCAAAAUGAAGGAAUGCGUCGUGUGCUUUGAGGAGCUGCGGGACUUGGGAGUAACGUCGUUGCUGUGCAACCAUCGGAUCCAUUCGACGUGCCUGACGCAAUGGACAAGUUCGUGCCGCGCCCGCCAUGCGCAUGUGACGUGCCCCCUCUGCCGGGCUCGACUGAGCUAG